UUAAAUAUUCAUCAGGUUCAUCCAACUUGAAACUUGUCCCACCCAUCCGGUGAUAAGUAGUGAUAGUAUUUUCAUUUUGUAACAAAACACAUUAUUUGUAUCACAAAUUAACAUAGAAAAUGGCGAAACUUCCUAUGAAUUUGAGAGACGACAACGUAAGUGAAGAAACAAAGAAUCUGAUAUUUUCACUUCCUACAGACGAAGAUUCUCAAGGUAAGCUAUGCAAGUACCAAGGAUGUUGGUAUUACUACAACACUCUCCAAGCAGUCAUCAAUUUCCAGACAAACUUCCAGCCGCAAGACACCGACAUAGUCCUCGCUUCUUUCCCCAAAUCCGGCACCACUUGGCUCAAGGCACUCUCAAUCGCAAUCUUAGAGAGAUCUAAACAUCAUUCUAGUGAUCCUCUGACCCAUCCUUUGCUAUCUGAUAAUCCUCAUGGCAUAGUACCGUUCUUCGAGAUCGAUAUGUAUCUCCAAACCGCAACACCAGACCUAACCAGGUUCUCUAAAUCUUCUCCUAGGCUAUUCUCGACUCACAUGCCUUUGCACACCGUGAAAGAGGGCCUCAAGGAUUCUCCAUGCAAGGUUGUGUACUUGUGCCGGAACAUAAAAGACGCGUUGAUAUCUCGUUGGUAUUUCAGGUGCAAGUAUCAGAACAAAGAAGUGGCUGGAAGCAUUCUCGAGUCAAUGUUCGAGUCGUUCUGUAGCGGAGUUAGCUUCUAUGGUCCGUUCUGGGACCAUGCACUUAGCUAUUGGAGUGGCAGCUUGGAAAACCCCAAGCAAGUCCUUUUCAUGAGGUAUGAGGAACUGAAAACAGAGCCUUGUGUCCAGGUCAAGAGGCUUGCAGAGUUCUUGGGAUAUCCUUUCACUAAGGAAGAAGAAGAGAGUGGAUUGAUUAACAAAAUCGUGGAACUAUGCUCUCUUCGUAAUCUGAGCGGUUUGGAGGUUAACAAAACCGGGAAGACGUGGAUGAACGUGGAUUACGAUAGCUAUUUCCGAAAAGGUGAAGUUGGUGAUUGGAAGAAUUAUCUAACCCCCGAGAUGGAGAACAAAAUCGACAUGAUCAUUGAAGAGAAAUUAAAGGGUUCGGGCUUGAGACUAUGAUAAACUUAUAUUUUAUAAGUGGGUUUUUGCUUUUGUUACUUUGAUGCAUCCUAAUAAAACCAGCUUUUUGUGUUCCGUUGUUAUGUUUCCUUUGAUGUAAUAUUUAAUAAAAGUGUUUCAAUAUAUGUUUCCUUUAGAGUAUCUCCAAUGGUAUUCUAUUUUUGCC